GCCUUGGCGGAUCACCGGCUCACCAGCAGGCUCACUGCCUGCGGUAUGACACCACCGCCACGAUUACACUCAAUGCCAUGACUCUCGCCAUCACCACGCCCUUCUUAAGCUGCUGCAGUCGCCGCCUGGCAGCUCCCAUGUCCAUUUCAAGACACCAGGUCGAUCCGAUCCGCCAGCACUCGACGCCCGACACCUGAACGUGACGCCUCAGCCUCCAUCCCACCACGUCAUCGCCAUCGCCAUCGUCAUUGCAGACCUGCCCGGAUCUCCCAUCUGACAUCUUCGCUCCAGCGCGUGUCCCGCCAAUCAUGAGAGUCCCCGCGUGGAGCAGCAGCAGCUCGCGGAAGAGCAGCGACGAGAAAGACACCGAUGGCAGCGCCAACGAGACGCUGCCGAUUCGGGAACGGGACAGUGAAGAUGAAGUCGUCUCCUCUGGCCACGAGGCAACCGUCCACCUCGAGCCCGUCCCAGGGAAGAAGGCCCUCAUCGUCAAGAUCCAACCCCCAGUCGCACCCCUGAUGCCCAUCUCUCAUGUCCCCUGCGAUAUCGUCCUCGUCAUCGAUGUCUCGGGCAGCAUGGCCAUGGCGGCUCCCGUCCCCGGCGAGGACUCUAGCGAGAGCACUGGUCUCUCGGUUCUCGACCUGACCAAGCACGCUGCUCGCACCAUCAUCGAGACUAUGAACGAGAAUGACCGUCUGGCUAUCGUCACCUUCAGCGGCAAGGCCAAGGUUAUCCAGCCGCUGAUUCCCAUGACGAAUGCCAACAAGGAUGUCGCCCGUAAGAAUGUCACCAAGAUGCAGCCCAUGGACGCCACCAACCUCUGGCACGGCAUCCUUGAGGGUCUCAAGGUCUUCAAGGGCGUUGGCUCCUCCUCCAAGGUUCCCGCAGUCAUGAUUCUCACCGACGGCAUGCCUAAUCACUUGUGCCCUUCGGCUGGUUAUGUCCCCAAGAUUCGCGCCAUGGGACAGCUCCCAGCUUCCCUUCACACCUUUGGCUUCGGUUACAGUCUGCGAUCUGGCCUGCUCAAGUCCAUCGCCGAGAUUGGCGGCGGCAACUACUCCUUCAUCCCCGAUGCCGGCAUGAUCGGUACCGUCUUCGUCCACGCCGUUGCCAACCUGCAGAGCACCUUUGCCACCAGAGCCGAGUUGAAGCUGCGAUACGCCUCGCCUCUGGAGCUGGAGGAGACUAUGGGUGAUUCCGUGGAGAAGCAGGCUCCCAAGGCAGUGGAAGAAUUGCCCGACACGAUGGAGUUGACUAUCCCCCUUGGAAACCUGCAGUACGGCCAAUCCCGCGACAUCUUCCUCCGUGUCAAGAAUGCCGCGGACGCACCCAACCCUGUCGUAGCCGCAAGCAUUUCCUAUGUGAAACCUGGAUCCAAGAACCCGGGCAUGUUCAACACCAGAUUCUCUCGCACCGCACCUACUGCCGCUCUUGCGGUGACUUCGGCUAGCCGUAGCACCCUCGAUGUCAGCAGCCUGUCCGAGGCCGAGAUAGCCUACCACGAGUCAAGGGCUCUCAUCUGCGCCUUUAUCUCCUCCCUCUUCCCUAUCGGGAACGAUGGCGAACACCGCACAGUCGCCGACUUUGAGACCGUCAUCGAUGCGAAGCUAGGAGAGCUCACACAGCUCGUCGAGUCGCUCCCCGCGAAACCAUUCCUCGACGCCCAAAACGUGUCGCUCAUGCAGGAUACCGCGCUGCAAGAGCCAAAGGGACAGGUCUUCCUCGCCAUCAGCACCCAGCAAUUCUUCCAGAAAUGGGGAUGCCACUUCCUGCCCUCGCUCCUCAACGCGCACACCCGCCAGGUCUGCAAUUCGUUCAAGGACCCUGGAGCCCUCCAGUAUGGCACCGGCAGCCCGCUGUUCAAGUCCUGCCGAGAUGCACUUGACCAGGCGUUCGAUGACCUCCCCGCCCCAGAGCCUUCGCGGCCCGCCAGGUCUGCCAGAUUUGGCUCCCACUCGCCCCUCUCCUCUGCACCCAUUCACAUGAGCCGCUACAAUACCUCCAGCGGCGUCUGCUUUGCGGGCUCGACAGACGUCGCCCUUGCGUCAGGGAGAACGGUGGAAAUUCGAAAGUUGAGGCGAGGCAUGAAGGUGCGGACGCCUCUGGGAUCGAGGAGGGUGGCUAUGGUUCUCAGGACACCCGUGGAGAGCGAGGUUCUCUGCCGCGUGGGCAAGGUUCUUGUUACACCGUGGCAUCCCAUCUCCGUCGACGGCAAGGCGUGGGGUUUCCCCGCGAACACAGCCGACGGAGCUGUCCUUUACACUGGCGCCAUCUACUCGGUCCUUCUCGAGCGCGGUCGCAGCUCACAGGCGCAUGCUAUCCGCGUCGGGAACGUGUGGGGUGUGACGCUGGGACACGGCUUGACGUCUGGAAACGACAGCCGUGCCCACAGCUUCUUUGGCGACUACAACGCCGUGGGAAAGAGCUUGGUGACUCUUGGCAGACGCAGGAAUGGCGUCGUAAUUGGCAAUGGUGUUGAGAGGGAUGAGACGACAGGCUUCGUCAAGGGAUUUAAGGGACAGCAGAAGGAGACAACCGCGAGUGCUUGAACGGAUACUGUAGUAGUUUAAUUUCGCGUCUUGAAUCUGCAACUGUGCUCUCUACGCUUCUUAUGACUUAUUUAUAAAAUACCGGUACGGUAGCUGGAAAUAAAUUUGUAGCAGAUAAUGGGCUUGCAAAGUGUGUGUAUUC